AUGUCGGCUCAGAAACCAAAGGCUCUGACCUAUCGAGUGGAGAAUAUCCCCUUUGGAACAACCAAAGAACAGCUCGUUAGGAAUUACUUCUAUGUCAAAGAUCAGGCGGAUAUCACGGUAAAAUCGUUGGUUCCUGCCGUCGAAACUAUCGAAGGCGAAGAUGGUGACCUUACAGCUACUAUUAUGUUCCACCCCUAUGAGUCGAUUCCAGGUGGUCCAAGAGUUCAGGACGAUUCUAUUACAGUAGACAAGGACUUUCGUGGGUUCACACCUGUAUAUGUUCCACCAGUAGAGAAGGGACCUAUUGUCGCAGACGUCAUCGCCGUCACAGGACUUGCAGGCCAUGCGUUUGGCUCAUGGGCACACUCCGAAACGCACAUGUGGCUGAGAGACUAUCUACCAAGGGAUGCACCAAAUGCGCGGAUCUUGACCUACGGUUAUCACUCUAAACUACAGGGCAGCGACUCAGUCAGCAUCCUACAAGAUCAUACCAACAAAUUUGUUCACAGCCUAAUCGAUAUGCGAGAGGAGGGCCAAUGCGACAGUAGGCCAAUCAUUUUCAUCGGCCAUAGUCUGGGCUGCCUGAUUAUCAAAAAGACUUUAACUGAUGCCAUAUCUCUUGGAAUUAACAGCUCCCGUAUACCUGUUAGAGAGAUCAUAUUCCUAGCAGCUCCACACCGUGGUCUGAAUAUCACCGCCCUCCAGACCUUGGUCAAGGGAGAAGCAACCGAGCAAAUGGUUUUAGAGCUCCAAUCAGAGUCUCCGACUUUAACCUGGCUGAACCAGAGUUUUACUCGAUUUGCACGAGAUAUUGAUAUCUUAACCUGCUACGAGACUAAACCGACAAAAACAGCAAUCGAUGCUGAUGGCGCCUGGGUACGCGAAGGGCCACCUGUUAUGAUGGUUAGUCGCGAUUCGGCCCAACAGUUUUAUCCUAGAGAGAAACUGGUAUCUGCAGAUUGUGAUCAUUCUCAAAUUGCGAAGAUCAAGAGAGGCCAGAACGGGAUCUACCCUGCUGUCAAGGCAGCCGUAAAACAUGGGCUUGUCAGCACAGCAAAGAUUGUUGCUGGAGCAGGAGCUGCAAUGAAUGAAAGUUCGCGAUUUGAAUCGAAGUUCCGAGACUUACACAUUGGACCUAAUCAAUCAUCCCCGCCUCCCUACCCGCCUGGUAAUCUCAAUGACUCUGGAUCAAGAGAGUCAGCUAUCGAACCUGGUGGAGAAUUUCCCCUUGCUUUUGGAACUGCUCCUGAUCCAGUCCAAGAGCCUUCAAUCACACUCGAGGCUGAACCUACAUCAACAACGACGACGAAUCCUAAAGACAGCUCUCCACCUUGCACACCGAAGUCCAAGAAUUCCGAUGUUUUAAUCACAUCCCCUACUCAGUUACAAGAACAAAAUGAAACUUCACAUGCCGCAAUGGUCAAGGGGGCUAAUGUGACAUCUUUAUUCGAGGCUAAAGAGUCCACAUACCUUGCUGAAUUGGAUGACGAUUUAAAAGCAAUGUCACGAGAGUUUAAGGAAGGCUUUAGAGAUAAUCUAAAGAAUGCACAAGAUGUAGAAUGUAAACGAUGCGGGGAUGUGAUGGCUGCCUUGGGCUACCAUUACUCUUGUCCGGAAUGCGAAUUCACGCCGUUCAUUUGCCAGGAAUGCUACGACCUAAUUGAGAACUGCCGGAUUCAUCACAAAAAGUUGCUGAAACGAGACUUUAAGCCCUGGGAUACCGUGUUUGGCAUAUUCUAUGUUGAUCCUAACGUCACUACCGAAGAUAACGAGCUAAUUCGAGCUCUUAAGCAAAAUAACCUAGUAAGGUUAAGACAAUAUGCACAGAUCAGAACUCUCCUGGAUUCGCAAGAUCGGCUAGGGUUUACCCCUCUCCAUGUCGCAGCACAACUAGGCCUUGCAGAAGGCACUGCAUUGCUAAUUGAAUGCGGUGCGCUUUUUGAAACUAGGAAUCACCUGGACCAUACGCCACUUCACACCGCCGUUGACGCUAAUCAGAUUCAAAUCGCCCAGAUCCUCUUGGACGGUGGUGCAAACAUUGAAAUAACAUAUGGCAAACUUGGCACGAAAGCACUACACCUUGCUGCUUCUUGCGUUAUGUACCACAUAGUCACUCUUCUGGUUCGAAGAGGGGCCGAAAUUGACGCGCCGAGUGAUAAUGGAACUCCUCUUUGCAGGGCAAUUGGGGAGCCGAAAAGCCACAAAUGUGUCGAAGCCCUCUUGGUUGCUGGAGCUAAUGUGAACUGCAAAAGCCGUGGAAAUCUGGAAACACCUCUUAUCCUUGCUUGCAGAAUCGAGGACCACGAAACUGCAAGCACCAUAGUCGAUCUCUUACUUCGCUAUGAUGCAGAAGUUGACUUGGCGAACAAUGAUGGAUAUACUCCCCUAAUGGCGGUGGCAGAAAUGGGACAUCUUGACGCCUGCAAAAGUUUGCUAGAGAAAAGCCCCCAGUUGGAUAUUCAGUCUAGCAAGACAUUAAGUGAAAAUGCCAUUUACUUCGCAGCUAGGGGUGGCCAUGAGGAGAUUUUAGACCUCUUGAUCGCGGAAGGUGCAUCAUGCUUGCCAACUAAGGCAGUGUCUGGAAGAUUUUCCUUGGGGACGCCGAAAUGGAAAAGCCUGGAAUUUUUACCAGAUGUAACAUCAGAGUGCAGAAAAAAGAUACUGAGUAAAUUACGUGCUGCUAAGCAUAACUAGGCAUAUAUCAAUUCUCAUAUUUACCGCACGUCGCAAAUCAAAAUGGAGACUCACAGUCGAUAUUGAGAUAUCUCCGAAGGUUGAGGUUACGCCAAUGUACCAAGAAUGCACCAUGCGCACCUCAUGUUUUCUUGAUGUGGUGGAAAAGUAGCUGCGUCGUCGCCAUCAAAGUCUUUGAAUGGAAAGGGG